ACAGUUGCUUACAUUUAACUUCUUCAUUGAAUUGACAAGAUUUAAAAAUCUUCAGCCUACAGCAGUCAAAACAAGGUGAUCUGAAUACAAAAGAUCUAUUAUUUCAGUGUGAAAGGGGUUUGGUUACAGAGUUGUGGGGAUAAGUAUGCAGGUGGGAAUGAUGGGAACACUGUCCUGGGCCUAAGCCCAGCAGAUGUUCAGGAAGAAUGAACUAUCUUCUUAUACUCUGUCCUUUUCAUGACAACCCAUUCCAUUUCUCAGGCCUGUGUCCACCUUCAUGCUCUCUUUCAUUCAACAUUAAAUAUUAUAGGUCUUUUUCAUUUGGCCUUUUAUCUUUUAAGGCUGAUAAUCAAUAGUAUUCUCACUUAUAAAAUGUAAGAUUUCUAUCUCCAGAAACACAGCUGGAGACAUGCAGCCAUCAAUGUGAUAAAAGCUAUGCACAUGUUUCACUUUACCAUCAGGGUCCAAAAACCCAUGUUAAAUCCCUGCCAGGCUGCAGGGUUAUUUCUGUACUGGUUUUUGGUGGGUUUGGGCUUUCUUUGUUUGUUUUCACUGGGGCAGCAUCACCACUUGUAGAAAGGAACCUGUUCUUAGCAUCUACCCUGAGAGUGCUCCACGAUAAUCCUGCUGGAGCUGAUUAGAGGAGGUCCAUGGGAAGGAGAUGCACUGCAGAGGAUACAACCAGCUUGUCAAACCUAGGGUGGCUGUGCUGUGUGCCUUUCCCUGACAUGGAAAAGAUGAUGUUGCUUUUUUCUUUGGGCAGGGGGGGUGGAAUUACAGACCUUAAGUUUUGUGAUGCGCAUACAAGCUGCAGUUCACCAUGAAUCAACUUGAUCUCCAGUCUCCCAGAAUGGAGAUUAAAUGAUCACUGAAGCAUCAUUAUAAAUAGGAGAGGGUACACAGUGUCGUCUUCUUCCACCUUGCACCAAAGUAUCCAGCCUGGUCCAAUGCUGUAACAUCUCUAGAAGAUCUUUUCAAAGGCUUGGGAAGUGGGCCAGGGAAAUGGGGACAACACAGUGGAUCAGGUUUGAAGUGUUUCUUUGCUGUACUGUGUUGGGAAUGAGACCAAAAGCUCUGGCACCAGGCUGUUCUUGUCAGAGAGGCAUUUCUGCAUGGUGAUGAUUUUUCAUUGCCUGAAUUUCUGGGCAGAAGGAAGCUGGUGCAGACAUCCUGGGAUCUGCUGGUUUUGGAUACAUGUGAACUGGUCCCCCUGAAGCUCAGUGCUCUUGGGAGCCAUGAACACAAGUGGCCAGGGAGCAUCAGUGAGAAACUUGCAGAGUCCUGUUCUGCUUCUGUCACAGUUCACCAGCUGUGGGAGAUGGGUGGAGGGGAGGUUGUUCUAGCAGUUACACAUUUAAGGCAGGUGGCUGUAUUAAAAUGUACGUUUCAAUUUUGAUUGCAGUAUUUUAAUUGCAUUUAACAGCGUCCCUGCUGGUUCUCCAUUCUGCAUCCGUGCAGCCACGUUCUAUUGAUGGCCUGUUGUGAUUUCAAUGGAACAUCAUGGGAUGUACCUGGCACGUCGGGCAGCACUGGAUGGAGGUGCCUUUAGCCCAAUGUACCUGGCAUGGUGGUAGGGUGAAGGUGAGAGGACGAGAAGGUGGAGAUGGAACUGCCAAAUCAUGCCAAACAACUGCUACUGCAGCUGAACCAGCAACGAGCCAAAGGUUUCCUCUGUGAUGUGAUCAUUGUGGUAGAAAAUGCCCUGUUUCGUGCCCAUAAGAACAUCCUGGCAGCCAGCAGCAUGUAUUUCAAAUCCCUUGUCCUGCAUGACAACCUGAUAAACUUAGACACGGACAUGGUGAACCCCACCGUGUUCCGGCAGAUCUUGGACUUUAUUUAUACUGGCAAGCUCUUAACGACUGACCAGCCUGGUGAACAGAACUUUAAUGCUCUCCUCACCGCAGCAAGCUACCUCCAACUGCACGACCUGGCAGCUCUCUGCAGAAAGAAGCUGAAGCGGAACGGCAAGUCCUUUGCUGGCAAGGCCGGUGGCCUUGGUGUUGGGAGAUCUGCCAGGAGUCAGAGACUUUCCACUGCUUCAGUCAUCCAAGCUCGCUAUUCAGGGUCAAAUGAGGGGUUGAAGGGCUCGCACUCAAAGGAGCUGUCAAAGGGAAAGCUCUCUGAUGACGAGGUCUUCAUCAGCAGCUCCAACCAAGAGAACUGUCACUCCUUAAGCAGGGGAACCAGCAAGAACGGCGGUGGGAGCAGCAGUGCGAACGGGAGCACCGGUGACCAGGAACUAGGCCUUGACCUGUCCAAAAAAAGCCCCUCGCUCCCUGCCGCAGCCUCCCACGAUGACACGCAGCACAGCGAAAGCCAGCACGGCUCUCCCCAAUCUGCCUCAGCCCCUGCAGCCAACAGUGCCUCAUCGUUCGACGAGCCUGGCGUCGGAGCCCCCCACAGCAUGGCGGACAGCAGCGACCCCAUGGAGAUGGAUCUGAGUGAGGAGUGCCACCACUCACUGACAGAGAGCAGCCAGCGCAAGGGCCUCCGGCACUCGUCCCGCAAGAAGGAGUGGAUCAAGAAAGACAACGCCUUUGACCGAAAAGAAGGGGGCAAAGACAGGGACGAGGGUGAAGGGCUGCCCAAUGGUAUCCUGCUGGGGCCCUUGUCCAAGUCUGUGGAGAGGAGUCUGGCUGGGGCCUACGGGGCAGACCUGCCCUACCCGUGUAAGGAGGAGGUAGAAAACGGUAAGGAGAACAGUGAUGACAGUGGCCAGAGUGAGAGCGAGAGCGGCGGCCAUACCAGUGCCAACUACGUCUACCGGCAGGAGGGGUUUGAGCCAGUGGCCUAUGGUGACAACCUGUAUGUCUGCAUUCCCUGUGGCAAAGGCUUCCCGAGCUCUGAGCAGCUCAAUGCCCACGUGGAAACGCACACCGAGGAAGACCUUUACAUCAAGGAGGAAGGCACGUACGGCAGCAAGGAUGAAGCUGAGGAUUUGUCCAACCCCAAUCAGUCCUACGCUGCGGAGUCCCGGCCCUUCAAGUGUUCAGUGUGUGAGAAGAGCUACAAGGAUCCGGCCACGCUGCGGCAGCACGAGAAGACUCACUGGCUGACGCGGCCCUUCCCUUGCAACAUCUGCGGCAAGAUGUUCACACAGCGUGGCACCAUGACACGGCACAUGCGCAGCCACCUGGGGCUCAAGCCCUUUGCUUGCGAGGAAUGUGGGAUGCGCUUUACCCGGCAGUACCGACUAACAGAGCAUAUGCGUGUCCACUCAGGAGAAAAACCUUACGAAUGUCAACUGUGUGGUGGGAAAUUCACCCAGCAGCGCAAUCUGAUCAGCCACCUGCGAAUGCAUACCUCUCCCACAUAAGCCAAAGACUCCAGAAUGAGCUUCAAGCCCAUCCGCAGUGAUUUACCUUUCUGUAGACUUGCUGCUUAAAAAAAAAAGAAAAAAGAAAAAAAAAAAAGGGGGCAACUCCCCAUACUCUGUUCAGUCAUGAGAGGCCUAAACAAAUGUAGCUUUAACAUUUAAAAAAAAAAAGUUCAUUUUUUUCCUUUUUUUAAGAAAAGAAAGGUCCACAGCCAAGCUGAUGCAUUUAGUCCCAGUCUCCCUUCAAAUUUUGAUGACCUGGCAAGAAAUGCCUCUUCUUUUUGCACACAUCGACUUCAUUGCCAUAUUGUUUAUCUGGAGCAGGUAGGGGGACCUUGGGGAACUUUGUCUCUGCUGGCUCCCCCUGCCUGCCUCUUUCUGUGUUCCUGUCACUGUACUCAUCUCCUCUCUUAAAACCAAACUCAGUAGGGGCAUUUCUUGCCAUUAAAAAAAAA